GUUUAAUAAACUCGUAGAAUGCUUGACGUGCAAACGAUGAAUUCAUCUGAAAGCGUCCCGGAUUACUUAAAUAAAAAUAUAUUCCCGACUUUAUUAAAUGCAAUGGAGGAAAUGUUACUUGAAGCUGAUCGUCGAAAUGCGUUAGAAACACAUAAAUGCUCUUUUAAUGGAUUGGAUUAUCUUGCCGAGAUUCUUUGGAAUCGAAACUCGCGACAUCCGAGUAGAUUGUGCACUUGGCAAGGCGUAUUUGACAUACCACAAUUCAAGCUAUGGCUAAAGUUGCAUCCCAGGCCAAUUUAUUCAAAAUCGUGGUUGUGGACUAAAGAGGAGGCCGCCUCACAUAUACAGAGAUAUGUUCGUGGUUGGCUUGUUAGAAAAAAUACGGAUGUUCAGGAGAUGCGUCAGUUUUGGAAGGUAUUGAUAUAAUUAAGGAAUUG